UUAACUUACAACCAAUUAAAAUUAAAGGAAAAACAUGAUAUCCGCGGUCUCGACCAUCCAUCUCGUUCAUGCAUAUGCUCUGUGAAAGUGAGAGAAUAAACGAAUCGAGGUCUCAAUUCUGUAUGGUUGUCCCAUUUUGAUACCAGGCAAACAAAACUUUUAACUGCUCUUAAAUCGGUUUUUAUUCAUAAGUACCUGUGAUAAGUACCUAUUUGAAAGUCUGGGGAAAACAACUAGAUCACCUUUCCGAACUUCAACCUAAUAAACUUUUUAUAAGACUAUUCUUAGGUCAGUGUCCUAGUGACAUAUCAUAGUUUCAGCGACGAAAGAAGUAAACUCAUGGGUAUGUAUGGUAUUCUAGUUUGUAAGCUGCUAAGAAUAAGCAACAUAAUCGCUUAAGCAACAUUGGCUUAAAGCUCAUCCAGUUGUGUUUAAGAGAUUACAGUGAAUAGAUAAUGCAACUGCACAAUAACAUACCAAUUUUAUUUACUUCAUAGUAACGUUUAAUGUGCCGCGUUGUCGCCGCAGUCCGGAUAAAUGUGUAGCAAAACUGGUCGUCCGGAAAACCUCCACCCCUAAGGCACAAAAAGUACAAAAUAUUAGGUACAUAUUGCAUAACGAAACGCGAUUUACGAUGGAAAGUCAAACGCGCGGCUCACGCUGCCCAGUCCACGCUCGCGUCUCUGAAGAACGACCGCCCGGCCUAGCUACGCGCGAAUUUUCCGGACGUAUUACAAAAUUUGAAUUUCGAACUUUAAUAUUUUUUUGUUUUCGGUCUCGAGAAUUUGCCAGUAUUUUCAAGUGGAUUCUAAUGACAAUUGUUUUUCUGAAGUUCUUUUUUUCCGACGAAAUGGUAAACAAAGAUCAUAGACAUUGAUAAGGUUGUACUUGCCGCCUAAAAAUAAACUGUCUACCCUCACUGGCUGAAAGAAAGUGCUGAUGACUGAAGAAAAAUAAAACGCGGUUUUCCAAAAUGGCGAUUGGGAAAAACAGAUUUGUUUCUAGGGGGUGUAUACACUUAGUUUGUAUUGCGUGUUUGAUAAUUCGGACAGAAUCGAUUGAAAGUGAAAGAGUGCUAGUGGACGAACUAAAUUAUUCUAAUAAAACGUUAAAUACGAUUGCUGAAGAAAUCUGCAACAUUUUCACGGCACCGGACGACCCUGUAUGUUUAUCUAACUGGCUAAGUCCGCCGGUUCUACUGGGUCUACCAUCGGAACUUAAUAUCACGAAGCUGGAUAAGGAAGUCUAUUAUGAAAUAUCGCCUUCAGAUUUCCUGCAAGCCGUUCUCAUGGUUUCUGAUGACGAGAGUCAUGUCGUACAACAUCUCCUGAUUCCACCGUCUCGCAAUGAAAAAGUCUGGCUAAACUCCACGCAAAACUACACGUUUUGGACAGCAGCUGUGGUUGACAAUGGAACCCACUCGCCCUGGCUUCAGGGUCCAAAGUUACUUGCAAGGAAUGUCACUCAUAACAAUGAGCAAAAGAUAAAUUAUACUAUCAAAAUUCAUAGAGAUUAUAGUAGGAUGAUGAAUUGCCAUUGUUCUACUGUUAUUUUCACUUGGAAAAUUAAUAAUGACUCGGAUAAAUCUUUCAGAGUAAUAAAUGACUGCCCUAUAACCAACUUUCGCACCGACAAGGUUAUUCAUUGUAAGCCAGGAGAAACAGAAAUCAAGUAUUCCCAAAACGUGCCCUUGGGAAGCAAAUGUUAUUUCUCAGUCGCAGGUUAUGGCAAAGGCGGACUUCUGUACGAUAUAGAACCGCAAGCAGUAAAGAACAUCACAUUGCUCCCUGUUCACAACGGGGACGCGUGGGACGUUGGCGUCAGCUGGUUGCAGCCAAAACACAGCCCUGACCGAUACCGGGUCGAACUUCAAGUGGGGGAAGAGGAAUACAAGGUCAAUGUGUCUGGGAAGGCUACAGAAACGACGUUCUCCGGAGUGUUGGACUAUGGGCUGUACGAUUUCAGCGUGUCGGUAUGCGCUUUCAAGGGCCCCGUCUGUCGUCACGAGAGCAUCCGAGGCAUUUUUCCGCAUGGGCAGGUAGCCUCCAGCUCAGUGCCGGUACUGGGCUCUCUUCUGGCCGUGCUCUUGUUAGCAACCAUGCUUGUGAGCGUCGUGUUCUGGUACCGACGGCGCCGCGACAGCAAGGCGAAACUACUGUUUCUUGAGGAUGAUCCAGAAGACUUCCCGAAGAAGCUGUUUCCUGAGAUAAUCAGCGACCUGCCAGUUACUGAAGACAGCUGGGAGAUUCGUCCAGAGAAGCUGCAGUUGCACGAGGUUAUAGGCGAGGGCGCUUUUGGUGUGGUGCGACGAGGGACUUUAGUACCUGGCAAGGCAGUUGCGGUUAAAAUGCUUAAAGACUACCCAUCCAGGGACGAAGUACGCUCGUUCCGCGCAGAAACCGAACUGAUGAAGAGUGUUGGUGCACACCCUCAUGUGGUCAGCCUCGUGGGCUGCUGCAGCGGAAGGAGGCCUCUCAUAAUCGCCGAGUACUGCAGUCGUGGGGAUCUGCUCUCCUACUUGAGGUGCUCGUGGGACGUGAUGGUUUCCAAACGCAACGCCAAAUACUGCAACAACAACUUUGAAACCUCCAACUACCGCAACGAUCUCUUUAAGAGUUCUCAUGAACACUCCAAACUGGUGGUCAACAAGAUGUACGACCUCAACGGAGUCUGCGACACUGAACUGACUUACGUAGAUUUGCUGUCUUUCUGUCGUCAGAUAGCGAUGGGAAUGGAAUUCUUAGCUUCCAACCGAGUAGUCCACCGAGACUUGGCAGCUAGAAAUAUUCUGGUAACUAGCGACAGGACACUGAAGAUAGCGGACUUUGGACUGUCCAGGGACAUCUAUCAAGAGAAUCAGUAUAAGCAGAAGGGCAACGGGAAGAUGCCGGUGAAAUGGAUGGCUUUGGAGUCGUUGACACACAGGAUAUAUACUACGCAGAGCGAUGUCUGGUCCUUCGGCGUGGUGGUGUGGGAGGUGGUGACGGUGGGCGGCGCGCCGUACGCCGACGUGGCGGCUGCGCGCCUGCCACGCCUGCUGCGUGCCGGCUACCGGAUGCCGCGCCCCAACGCGUGCAGCAAGCAGCUCUACGACCUGAUGCUGGCAUGCUGGCAGGCGAGGCCGCGCGACCGACCGACCUUCGCCGAACUACACAACGAACUAGACACCAUGCUGCAUUGUGCUUGUGCUGAACAAUAUCUAGCGCUAGACCUGGACAUGGAACUCAAGCCCGAAGAGCCAAGGACCGUCUAUAUGAGGAUUAUGGAGUUCGCAAGGGGCAAGCACCGCCUCGGCUCGGGUUACGCCUCGCCGCUGCCUCGCACACACAGCAACCACUACUCCUCGCCUCCCGCGCCGAACAAACCUCCAAGUAUCAGUGUCAGUGUACCGUUGUGCUCAUAAACCCUCGCUACCAGCUCAGACCCAGAGACAAGCGGUGCCUCGACUCGGGCUACGCCUCGCCACUGCCUCGCUCACGGCGAACCACUACUCCUCGCCUCCCGCGCCGAACAAACCUCCAAAUAUCAGUAUACUAUGUGUCCAUAUUGUAGUAACUACACCCUCGAGCCACAGCCGGAGCGUAAGAUGGAGGUAUUUUUGGAAACCGCACAGCUAGUGCACGACCAUUCUUCUUUCGGGUAAAUACCCAGAAAGCAAUGUUGCUGACAAUUCCCAGGGUGUGCGGAUGAAUUGAACGCAAUACCAACAAUAAGCCGAGCCUAGCGAGCGAUUCCCGGAUGGCACGCAACCGACGCAUUUGACAGAUCUGUGCGCAUGUUAAGGCUCUCUAAUCUCUAACCAUUUUUAACGUCGACGUUUCGAAAUUGUCAUUGCGAAACGCCAACGAUGACUUUAUUCGUCAGAUAAGUGGCAAAUAGCUUAUUCUGGACUUGGACAUUGUGAAACAGGCCCUAAGAGUACUAAGGUCAAAGAAGAAGUGCCUUUUAGUUAAAUAUAUAAGUUGUACUAACUGCGGAGGUAGAGGCAGCGAUUUUUAUAGCCCAGAGCGGGCACGUGUUAUUUUAAACGUCAAAAUUUUAAGAAAUUAUGUCGUUUACUUAACACUUACACCCUCCGGGCUAUCAAAAUUGCUGCCAGCUUAUCUUGGUCUAACUCUAGUGUUGAUAUUGCGACGUACAGUUGCUUUUAUUUUUGCAGUCAGCACCAAAAGCAGAAAUAGCUAAGCGGGUAAGGUAUUUAAAUUGUGCUGCAAACUCUGUCAUUCUUUUGAUAGUUAAUUUAUGGCCAGAUCAUUAUAAACAUCUCGCCUGCAAAGCAUGUUGUGUGUGUCUGUAACCAACUCGUGUAUUAAUUUUAUUUAAUGCUGAUUUUGUAUUAUUUAAGUAAUUAUUUUACAUUAAAACCGACGAGAUAUUUUUACCGACUUAAGGAUCGACUUACCGAAUCCAUUUACUGGUUCGUUAAAUUGUCUUGAUCACCUCUUCGCUGCCACCUUAUUCAGAAAUGGUAUAACUCUGUUAGACACGACAGAUAAAAUAAAUAAAUAUUAUAAAUGCCCUUACCGGGAUUCGAAUCCAGGACCAAUAGGACCAUCGGCUUCAUAGGCAAGGACGAUCGUCAAAAAAAAAAUUUACAUUUUCAUUUACAAUUAGCAUGAUGACAGUAACAAAGAAUCAUGGAAAUUAUGGUUUCUAAGAAACUUUUCGAGUAUAAAUGAAAUAUUCUGUUUUUCGGAAACAAUACAAGUGUACCGGCAAUAUUAACAGAGAUUUAAAAAUUUGUCAUCAUGCCAAUUCAGUCUUAAAAUCCGUCAUGUUAUGAGUUACCUAGAGUUCGACCAAGCUAACUUGGCAGCGAUUUUGAAAGCACGGACUGUAUUAUUUUGAACGUCAUAAUUUCAUAGAAGCUUGAUGUUUAAAAUAACACUUGCACAGUUUCUGCUAUCAAAAUCGCUGCCAAGUUAGCUUGGUCUGACUCUACCUUAUCGUCACCAGACAUUGCAAAUUUUGUAGCAAGUUCUCUCACAUGUCUCAAACAUUCCGAUUGAUCUGUUGUCUUCCGUGUCUGUCUCACUCUCUCCCACGAAUGUCCACUGGCAAAUCCAUAAUCUAAUUCGGGCGUGUGUGUUCUCGUCCUUACAUAAAGUAUAAGAAGGCAUCAGGAAUUCAUAAUCGUAAUUUUCACUGCACUUAAAUCGACCGGUACAUGGACCGUGAUUAUCUUUUAUAUUGUUUUUGAGCUCCCGAUAUUUCGACGCAGUUACAUGCA